UUUUUUUUUAUACUUCUUAAUAUAUUAUGAGUUUACUUCAACCCUAUAUUGAUCUUACUGUUUUAGUUACAACAAUAGAUGGUCGUGUUUUAGUGGGCAAGUUAAUAGGCACUGACCAAACAUCAAACAUCAUUUUACAGAACUGCAAUGAACGUGUCUUUUCAGCAGAAGGAACUGAAAUCAUUCCUCUUGGAUUGUUUUUGUUAAGAGGUGAUAAUGUUUGUACCAUUGGAGAAAUUGAUACCGAAAAAGAAGAGACAAUAAACUUUGCAGACAUUAGAGCAGAUCCACUACAAGAAGUGGUAUUGUAAUAUAUAUAUAUAUAUAUAUAUCAAACAUAGGACAGAGAAUUUGUAUUAUAAAUAAAUUAUAUAUAUAUAUAUAUAUAUAUGUAUAUGUAUCUAAA